GUACGCAAGAAAAUACUGAAGCAUUGAUUAGCAACGGGCGCGGCUAGCCUAAAUAUUUGUACAAUACUUUGAUUCGGGUGAAUUCCGCUAGAAUAAUUCGUAACCCUUUGUACCUUGCGAAAACGUUAAUUGCAGCGGGUAGUGAUUCUUAGCAACCCUUAUUGAAAGGUUAAACACAAUAUUCUUAUCAAAAAAUGCGGUUACUCAUCCAUGGUUACAGCAGAAGACCCUUACCCCAAGUCUGGGGGUUGCUAAGGCGACAUGAUUCGUGGGUAUAAGAGCGAUAACACGAGAGGACAGAUAACACAUUAGGGUUAAGCAGUUGUGGUAGGCUGGUUAACAGCACAUAGUUUUUGUUAAUUAUGUGAAACUCAUUUUAAAAAAAAAAAACUUUAAUUUUAAAAUGAUUUUCUUUCAGAUUGCAAAGGUACUGUGAGGUAUCGCGUAAAAUCAAUAAAAGAUUCAAGCAUGUUUCUUAAACUAUUUCUGGUCGGAUUUUGCCUGCUCAGUUACUCCACUGAUGUGUACGGGCAGGCAAUAAGUUGCUACUCGUGUUUGGCGAGCACGUUCAACGCUGCGUCAAGUACAAGCACAAACAACUGCUUCAAUUCCGUGGCAAAUGGUUUUACAAGUUUGCCAUGCACAUUGGGAUUCUACUGCCGAUCGCAAUUUAAUAUCACUGAUGGUGUUGUCACAUCAAUUGAAAGAAGAUGCACGGACCCUGCAAAUGACCACGACGCUUUUACAACCAGUGUACCACCGGCAACCCAAUGCACGGCAUUCCUGGCCAAUAAUGGUACCAACCCAGUAGAUACAACAACCUGCUACCAUUCAUGCAACUCAAACAACUGCAACACAAUCAGCACAAGCGGCUUACAAACUUGCAUGGUGAAUUGCACAAACGGAGGUGUUUGCGAUUACUUUUCUAGGUCCUGCGUCUGUCGACCCGGCUUCUCAGGAACCGACUGCUCAACAUCAACAACUCCAACAUAUAUAAGCUGCAUCCAGUGUAACGGACUGACAGAUACAGGUUGUGAAAGUGCCACUUCCGCUACCCAAUAUUUUUGCUUUACAGCAACAACUCCAACAUAUAUAAGCUGCAUCCAGUGUAACGGACUGACAGAUACAGGUUGUGAAAGUGCCACUUCCGCUACCCAGUGCCCACUGUCAACAGCUGCCGGGCAGAAAUACUGUUAUACAAGCAAGAUCGAAACAUAUGACAGGGUCGGCGCACGCAAGGGAACUGUAGUUGUAAGGGGUUGUACCAGAACACCUCAAAGGCAGGACGAAUGCACGUUUACUUCUCCCUUUGAUCCGCAGCUUCGUAGCGCGGGUUUCACGGAACGAACUUGUACCAACACAUGCGAAGGGAGCAAUUGUAACACUGUGAUACCGGAUGGGAAACACACAGCAGCAAGAAACAUUUACUGUGUUCAGUGCGAGGAUGUGAAUUUGAACAGUGCAAGCCCUGCUUCAGCAUGCGCCACCAACGUUGCAAGAACACAGUGUCCCACUGGCAGCACCCACUGUAUUUCAACAGUAGAAUAUUACAUAUCGGACAGAGUUGAUCGAAGCUACACUUACGGUGUCCAAGGUACUAGUCCAGGUUACGAACUGAGAAGUGUUGUAAGAGGCUGCGCGUCCACACCUGUAACUGCUGCCUGUACAUCGGAAUCUGUGGGACUCCUAAACGCUAAGAAAGUGACUUGUACCGAAACUUGUCAGACGGACGGUUGCAACACUGGCUGGCCUGCUCGUCCCAUAUGCACACAAUGUUCGUCCGAUUUUGCACAGACAUAAAAGACGGUUACGAUAGCUGUCUUAACAACCCACCGGAACCCACAAGCUGCCAAUUCCCAUACCAAGGCAUGUGUGUCUCUAUUGACCGUCAGAGAUCCGUUUUAAGAGGCCACACUCGUCACAUGACAAGAAGCUGUAGCGAUGUCACUGUUGGUAAUGUGUGUACACCGAGCGUAGUUGGAGGGGCAACUCUUCUAAACUGCAACUACACUUGCACCACUGACGGCUGCAACCAAGGUUUCAAUGGUUCCAAUAGGCCGAUCCAAGGAAUGCUUGUUAUCGUCAUGCCUUUCCUACUGAAUGCUCUAGUUCAAUUCAUUCUAGUAUAAUACGUUUGUAAGCAUGCGUUCUGUAUUGAUAAUAGUUUUGUUAUUUUACCGACAGUAGCGUAUGCAUUUUUUUGUAUGUAGACACGUAGAAAUGUUAUAAAGGUUUGGUAUCGGUUGCUGUCUUAACGCUGCGUGCCUGUGAGUAACCAUGUUAUACAUGUUACGAAUGGUGCGCGGCGCAAUCUGAUACUAAUUAAUAAAACAAUUUCGAGCAUUGGUUUAAAAA